AAUAAUAUAACAAUAUAGUAUGACGAAAAAUUAUUAACAGAUUAAUAUCCUUUAGCUAUUUAUCUCUGGCUAUAUUUCCAUGCCUAUUGAGUUGUGUUUUUAUUUUGUAUUAUUACAUAAUAAAUUACCUCUUUUCUUAUUAAUCAUUUCAAAAGGUGUAUAAAUAUUAUAGACAGCUGUCUUGAUCAAAGCAGAGAUCUUGCAGAGAUCUUGGUAUAUUCUUUGGCAGAGAUCAAAUCAUAGGAUCAAAUCAAGGAUCAAAUCAAUCAAAUCUGAUCAAAUCCUUACAUGUUGAAGAGAUGUCGAACUUAAAAGCUAUAGACCAAGGUGAAAAUGACGAAGACAUCGAGAUAUAUAAAAAGAAUAAACCAUUUUGGAUUACAACUGCGAUUGCUGCUGAGAUUGGACGAGAAGAAUUGUUGGGUGCAACAUUUAGAGAUAUUGUAUUACAUAUAAUUUCUUUGUUGUUUUUGAGCAUAUAUAUAUUUAGUCAGAUCAGUGUAUCCGAAUAUUAUAUAACAACAGCGUUAAAAAAUAGUUUUGAUAUUGAUGAAGACGGAGAUUUUUUUAAGAUAAUAUCAGCUGAGAAGUUUUGGGAGUUUUUAGAGGAACCAUUAACUGACGCGCUUUACAAAACCCGCGAUAGCAGUAUAACAGAUACGGAGUCUAUGUAUAUGCUAAAUGAAAAUAGAGUUUUGGGGGUACCACGAAUGAGACAAGUUAAAGUGAAAUCAAAUUCCUGUCAGAUUCAUGGCUAUUUUCGAAGACUAUUCGUUUCUUGUUACAGUUUGUUUUCUAACAUAGGUGAAGAUCGAGAGUCCUUUGGACUUAAGAGCGGCACUGCAUGGGUUUACAGCGAUGCGGACAAAACAGAGAGUUUGAGUUACAGCGGAACAUUGUCAACUUAUACUGGUGGUGGAUUUUAUGUGGACUUUUCCACUGACAAAAAUGAUACCGAGGAUUUAAUAGGAGAUCUAAAGGAAAAUUUGUGGGUUACACGUGGUACGCGCGCUGUGUUUAUCGACUUCAGUAUUUACAACUCAAAUUUGAACUUAUUCUGCAUUUGCAAGUUAGUGUUUGAAUUUUUGCCUUCGGGAGAUGUUAAGCCCAACUUUAAAUUUAGCCCAGCUACCUUGCUCGAGUUUCAGGACUGGAGAUUUUGGACUCUCAGGUUUCUGCUCUAUUUGUUCGGAAUUUAUAUCAUAUUUUGCUUGUUCGAAGAGUUUAGGGAAAUAAUCUAUUUCGGAUGGAACUAUCUGGCACAGUUCUGGACUUACAUCGAUCUAUCCGUCAUUGUGCUAGCAUUUAUGAUGAUAUUUGGUACAGAAUAUAUGAGAAUAAUUGUACCCAGCUAUUUGGAGAAGAUAAAAAAUAAACCAACCGCAUACGGCAAUUUAGAAUAUCCGGAAGUUGCCUAUAGCACAUUUAAAGUUAUUGGCGCUUUGCUGUUAUUUUUUGUGUACAUCCGAACCUUCAAAUAUUUAAAUUUUAACAAGAGAAUGGCUCAGCUUAAUGACACAAUUAAACAGUGUUCUAAAGAUAUAAUGGGAUUUUCCGUGAUGUUUUUUGUGGCCUAUUUCGCUUAUGCAGAAUUGGGCUACCUAGUUUUUGGAAGUGAGGUCAAAUCAUAUAGUACUUUCGGAUUUUCUAUGUUCACUUUGCUGCGCACCAUCUUGGGUGACUUUGAUUUUGAAGAAAUUCACAAAGCGAAUUGGAUUGUAGCCCCAAUAUACUUUUUAUCAUUUAUUAUUCUGGUAUUUUUUGUAUUGCUGAAUAUGUUUCUUGCUAUUAUCAACGACACCUACUCCGAUGUGAAAACGGACAUAGCAAUUGCACCUAAGGAGAUGGAACUAAUUGACUAUUUAGAGCAAGGAUUCAAAAGGAUUUUAUUGAAACUGGGAUGCAGAGUACGAACAAGUCAACCUGAAAGAGAACCACAGCAUAAUACAAACAUUAACAAAAUUCGCGAUGCUUUAGUUAAAUGCAAAUUUGAGGAACGAGAGAUUCAGAUGUAUUUUACGCGCUAUGAAAUUGACCCGUUAAAAGAAUUAAAGAAGAAGGAUAUCGAUAGUUUUUUCGAAAAACUUGCUCUCGAAGAUGAAGCCAAGAAAGCAGAACAACAGAGGGUUGUAAAGUGGCAAGAUUUUCAAAGACAAGAUGCUAAAUUAAUUGAAUUGGAACGUAGUCUGGCAACGUUAGGUCAACGAGUUCAAGAAUUGUUGACCACAAUAGAAAAUAUCCAAGGAGCUAAAAAGAAAACCUAAUCACGAAAGAAAAACGCACGUUUUCUUGACAUAAUUGCUUUAUUAUAUAUAAUAUUUACUAUAAACAAAAUAUUUACAGUACUUUACACAGCAUAAUGCAGAUAUAUAUGUUCAGUCAAUACUUAAAAAAAGGAAAACACUUAUAUAUUUACUUAAAAUUAUUGAUAUAAACAAGGAUAGAAUGAAAAUAAUUAGCUACACUUGUGAUGAGCAUUCUAAUAUAUCACAAAUGACGUGUGGCAUUUGUUUAAGACACAUAAAUUCAGUAAUAUUAAACACAAUUUUCCUGUUUGGAUGAGUAUGAAAAUACUAUACGAUCGAAAAAACGGCGUCAGUUGGUCUGGAAAUAAAGAUCGUCGUCAUUUCAUAUGUAAAAUUAUGUGGCGAAUGUCAACAAUCCGCCUUUUUCAAGCCAAACUGAUGCCGUUUUUUUCGAUCAUACGGUAUAAGUAUGUUAUUUAUUUUAGUCUAAUAUGAUAAACAGGAAUAAACAUUCAUUUUGGUGCAUCUACCUUUCCCUUUAUAAAAAUUACAAGGGAUUGAUUAUGAAUUAUAAUUGACAUGAAAAUUAUAAAAUUUGUGAUUGUUUUAAUAUCAAAGUAUCACAUAGGUAAGUUAUUUGUGUUACAAAAUGAUUUAAAUUUGAUAUAAGUAUUUUGUGGCUGUGGAUGAUUUUCAAUUAUUGUUGUUAGGCGAACUUUUAGGAACAUUUACAAUUGCCACAAACAAUGAUUUAUUUUUCUAUUAUACUCCUAUCACAGACCUAAUCAGCAAAAUUAACAUUUUCUAUAUAUUUUAAAAGUUAUAAAAUAAAUAAAUACAUCACUUACUUAUUAAAACUUAGUAUUAUACAAAACAAAGUAGAAAAUGAUACAGAAUAUAAAACAAAUUGCUAUGUACAUUUUUAUAAUGCUGGGUAACUUGUUUAAAUCAAAAAAAAUAUAGGUUUCGCAAUACAUACAGGGUGAUUCUGUAUUCCAAGUUAGAGAAAUCAUCCUGUAUAUAUUUAAAAGCAAAUACAAGGAGGCCCUCUUCAACUACAAUUAUUUUUUUUUACUGGAAUGCUUCAUAUAUUUUUAAACAUUUAGGGAUUCAAUAAAGACACGUGCAUUAUCUAUAUUAAGAGAGCUUGUAAAAAAAACGAAAACUUUUAUACUAUCCCUAGAAGUUUCAAAACCCUGUUAUAUAUUUUUAAAGCUGAUUUACAUUGGUAUUUGCAUAUUUUCUAAACUACGAUAAAACUAUGAAUUAAUAAUUAAAUUCAUAAUCUAAUUCUACAAUCAUUAAGACAAAUAAAAAAUAUAAAAACAGAUGAAAGUCUUUGAUGUUCAUGCCGUUAGAAAAUUUACUCUAAACUAUUAUAAAUACUGUAAAAAAAUUGUAUAUCGAUAUUCUUAAAUAGAUGACAUAGUGUAUAUUCAUUUUUUUUGUUUUUUUUUAAAUGCAUUUACGCGAGUAAUUUAGGUAUAAAAAAAUCUUGAAUAGUAAAAUAAGAUUGGCCUUUAUAUUACAAUUAUCUAGACAUUUGAAUAUUUGUUCUACAGAAUGUUUAUAAGGAACUAUAAACAAUUUUAGUCUAAAAUAAUGAAUCCUACAAAAAUUUAAAAUAGUCAUAUAUGUAUCUACCUAACAUGAGAGAAGCACAAAGUAAAUUAAAAUGUAAGAUUGUUGUGUUCUAAAAAGACUGAUAUCGUCAGAUUCAUUAUUACAAAACACUAAAUUCAUAUACUAAAAAAGACAUUAAGAACUGAUUACAUUAAUUUAUUUUUUUAAUUUAAGUAGACAAUCAUUUUUUUUUGUUUUUUUUUAAUAUUUUUAAGUAGAAAAAAUACAUUGAUGAUUUUAAGGGACAUAUAAUUUAAAAUAAAAUGAGAGAGGCUUUUCUAAGAAUAUGCUUUAAAGUAAAAAA